AUGGCAAAAUAUGCAGUGAUUUGUGCUAGUAAUCAAAACCGAUCCAUGGAAGCACAUCAUGUGUUAAAUUUUCGAACUAACAUUAAAACCAGUAAAAAGGGAUUCAAUGUUAAGUCUUAUGGUACGGGUAGCAUGGUUCGUUUACCAGGACCUUCGAUCGACAAACCCAAUAUCUACCCUUUCGGCACACCAUACGAGAAAGUAUAUCAAGAGCUCAAGAGUCAGGAUCAACAAUUAUACACACAAAACGGUUUAUUAUCCAUGUUGGACCGUAAUCGAAAGACAAAAGAAGCACCACAACGUUGGCACGAGUCUCGUGAAUUAUUUGAUGUCAUUAUCACUUGUGAAGAACGAUGCUUUGAUUCUGUUGUAGAAGAUUUGUCUAAUAGAGGUCAAAACUUAAACGAAAGCACACAUGUCAUCAACGUAGAAAUUAAGGAUAAUCAUGAAGACGCUUUAUUAGGAGGAAGAGCAAUUCUGCAAUUAGCACAAAUGAUUGAAUCUUCCAACGAUAUUGAUGCUGAUAUGGAUGGUAUUAUCGAAGAAUUCACAUUGCGUAAUCCAGGAUUCCCAAUUCUUCACACUGUAGCAUACUUUUAA